GCCCCAAGGACAGAACAACCUAAAAGGGGGGUUUGGAUUCUUGAAGGCUUCCAUGGGGUAAAGCAAUCCCAUAUCCAUUCCUCUUGCAUAUCUCCAAGACAAUGGUUUCCUUGCUCUCUGUCUCUCUUCAUCACCUCUGAAUACAAGCAAGCAAUAUUUAAACCCAGGGAUUCGCUUAGUUCUGAAGCUUGUUCUGCCUUGGAGAUAGAUAUUGGUUCUCUACAAAUACGUUGCACCGCCAUGGACAAGGACUCGAAGAAGCCAAGGUAUUUUGGCUUCAUGCAACGUCUUGAAGUGAAUUUGGUGAAGGCUUUGGGUUUUACUUUAUUUCAUCGACAAAUCGUUUUUGGGUUCCUAGAGUAGGAAAGGGAAACAAAGGUGGUAGCCGGACUCCAACAAUACCACCAGAGGAAAACGCAUCUCUUCAAAUAGUGAAACUUGGCAGCACGGAUGAAUAGCAGCGAUGCCGAUGGAUAUGACGGGGCAUUUGCAGCCUCAAUUGCUGCAGUGGCAUAUGCAAUUGCUGCACAAGAAGAGAAGCUAGCAGCUCAGAAGAAGCCUAUCCCCAUUGACGGACAACCUACUGCUCCUCCUCUCCAACCUGCAAUAAAGAGAGGUGAAAGCAUGAAAAAGGCUACAGGAGGCAGCAAGAUCUCAAGAUGGUUUAGUGGCAAAGAGCCUGUUGACGAAGAUGAGGGACCAGCCAAUGUAUCUGUGAGGAGAAAGGACACGAUUUCAGAUCAGAUGGUGCCACCUAAGAAAGGUUCAGGUUCGUCAGGCAAAUUGCAAGACAAGAAAGGGAGCAAGAAGUUUGACCAAGAGCAGGUGACCCAGAAGGCCCCAUCCACUGUAAGGCCAGCAACAUCGUAUCAUUCUAGACGGAAUGGAGAUGGCACUAUUGGAGUAACUGCUGUUGGCGCAGCGGACACCAAAACUGAUGAAUGGGAGAAGGCAAAACUCACGAGCAUUAGGGAAGAGUAUCAGAAGAUGAUAGAUACCAUAGCUGAAUGGGAGAAUGAGAAGAAGGUGAAGGCCAAGCGCCAAAAAGAGCUAAAAGAGAAGGAGUUGGACAGAAAGAGAGCAAAGGCACUGGAAGAGUACAACCAGGAAAUAACAAGGAUCAACAAAAUUGCUGGAGGAGCAAGGUCAAUGGCAGAGGAAAGAAAAUAUAAUGAUGAGAAGAAAAUCAAAGAAAAGGCAAACAAAAGACGGUCAACAGAAAAGGCUCCCCGCACAUGUGCUUGCUUUUAAGAAAUUCAUAUAUGUUUCAAUAUUUGAAAAUAAAAUGAUAGGUGAUUUGAAGAUUGUACCCUCAAAACAAAGAUGUAUUGUACUUUAUAUUCUGAAUUGGUUUGAUGAGUGUAUAGAAUUUUAUCCACCGUGCAAAAAGUUGGCAUAUCCUACUGAAAAAAAAGGUACAGUGAAUGAUU